AUGAAGUUAAAAGCCUUCAACACAGUGCAGCUCUGCAGAACACCCACGGAAGAAAGGCAGAACAAGAGCGCCUAAGUCUGAAAAUGAGAUAAUGAAAGUUAAGUUCAGGAGUGAACAUCGAGAAAGAAGAUAUUAAACUAAGGAGAUAUUAGUAAAGCAAAAACGAAGAUGGAGCUGUGGAGGCAGUGUGCGAUGUGGUUGAUAGACUGUCGUGUUCUUCCUGAGAACCACCGGGUCACAUGGGAUGGCGCACAGGUGUGUGACCUGGCCCAGGCUCUUAGAGAUGGUGUAUUGCUCUGCCAGCUGCUCAACAACAUGCUGCCUCAGGCCGUCAACCUGAAAGAGAUCAACUUGCGACCACAGAUGUCACAGUUUCUGUGCCUGAAAAAUAUCCGGACCUUCCUGGCAGUCUGUCAAGAGAAGUUUUAUCUCAAGAAGAAUGACCUUUUUGAAGCCUUUGAACUGUUCGACGUGAGAGACUUUGGAAAGGUCAUGAACACUUUGUCCAUUCUGUCCCAUUCACACAUUGCUCUACAACGAGGACUUCAGCCUUUUCCUUUGGAAGGAUCCGCUCCUGAUGAUGAGAUCUACAGCGGCCUCUCUGACCAGAUAGAUGACACAGUGGAUGAGGAUGACGACUUGUACGAUUUUGUGGAGGAUGAAGAUAAUGAAGGGGAUGAGAUCUAUGAAGACUUGAUGAGGACAGACGAGCAGCCUGAAACUCAGCAGCAGAAGACUGGUGUUGACAAGCGAGAGUGCUGCCUGCAGGAAAUCCGACAGACUGAAGAGAAAUACACUGAUACACUGGAAUCUAUCCUACAGCACUUUAUGAAGCCCCUUGAAAGGUUUCUUCACCCUCACGACAUUGAAAGUAUCUUCAUCAACAUAAAGGAGUUGGCUAAAACCCAUCGCUGUUUGCUGGAGGAAGUCCGAAACUCAGUUUUAAAUCAUGGAGCCAAGAAUCUUUACCAGGUGUUUAUAAACUACAAAGAAAGGCUUCUACUGUACGGCCACUACUGCAGCCAGGUGGAGGCAGCAACGAAGCACCUCGACAAGGUAUCAACCAACAAAGAGGAUGUCAGGAUGAAGCUGGAGGAAUGUUCAAAGAGAGCAAAUAGUGGCCGUUUUUCUCUCAGAGAUUUACUUAUGGUUCCUAUGCAGAGAGUCCUUAAAUACCACCUGCUGUUACAGGAAUUGAUGAAACACACCACCGACCCAACGGAUAAGGAAAAUCUCCGAGCAGGUCUAGAUUCCAUGAGAGAUUUGGCUCAGUGUGUGAAUGAAGUGAAACGAGACAACGAGAUCAUCAAACAAAUCACCAGUUUUCAGAUGUCCAUAGAAAACCUGACUCAGUCUUUGGCUCUCUUCGGCCGUCCAAAGAUCGACGGAGAGCUGAAGAUCAGCAGCUCAGAGAAAAAGUCCAAACAGGACAGAUAUGCGUUCCUUUUCGACAAAGCUGUAAUCAUUUGUAAAAAGAAGAGCGGAGAAACCUUUGAGCUCAAGGAUAUUAUUGAACUACAUCACUACCAGAUACGAGAUGAAACCAUGGGGCAAAAGGACAACAAGAAGUGGUCCUAUCUGUUCCUCUUGCUGGAUUGCUAUGGGAGGUGCGGCUACGAUUUCUACUUCAAAACCAGAGAGCUGAAGAAAAAAUGGCUGGAACAGUUUGAGAUGGCUAUGUCAAACAUGUGUCCUGAGAACUCCACCGCAAAUAACCACGACUUCCAGAUGCACUGCUUUGAGGAAACAACCUCCUGCAAAGCCUGUUCAAUGCUGUUAAGAGGGACGUUCUUUCAGGGCUAUCAGUGCACUCGUUGUAAAAUGGCGGCACAUAAAGAGUGUUUAGGCAGAGUCCCGGCAUGUGGACGGAACUCAGAUAGUUCUGCCAAUAUUAGGAGACAGGAUAAAACACACAGAUCCCCAGGGAGUUCCACCAUUGGAUGUCCAAAGAUGGAGGUGUGUCAGGAGUAUUAUGGCCUGCCGCCGCCCCCUGUGGGCUUUGGCCAGCCUCUUCAGCUCUUGAAAUUUGACAUUAUUGAGCUUAGCCGGGCCAAUGUUGACCUGGCCUGGUGGGAGGGAAGAAAUUUGACGACUGGUCAAGUGGGGUGGUUUCCAUGCCAAAAGGUUCAGCCCUACGUCUCUAGGCCAACCCCAGACCUGUCUGGCUUCCUCUGGUUUGCAGGGAACAUGGACCGCACCGCUGCCAAAAACCUGUUGAUAUCACGGUCUGAUGGAACUUUCCUUGUGAGGCAAAAGGAUGGAGGAGAGUUUGCAAUCAGCAUCAAGUUCAACAUGGACAUCAGACAUAUCAAGAUCACCUCCUGUGAAGGCCUGUACCGCAUCAACGACAAGAAGGCAUUUAGAGGUUUAAUCGAAAUGAUUGAGUUUUACCAGAAGAAUUCUCUGAAAGAGUACUUCAAGGAUGUGGACACGACGCUGUGCAUCCCUUUUAAACAGCCUGAGCAAAGCAACUCAUCUAAUAACACACCAAACACAGCACCAGGGGGUAGCAUAAGGAGCUUCGGCUUAGUGAGGGCCAGAUAUGACUACUCAGCCCGGGACCGCACCGAGUUGUCCCUGCGAGAGGGGGACACCAUCAAGAUCCUCUCCAAGAAGGGCCACAGUGGCUGGUGGAAGGGAGAAGUCUACGGCCGGGUGGGCUUAUUUCCAUCCAAUUAUGUGGAGGAGGAUUACUCUGAUUACUGCUGACUUCCACCUACAUGAGAUCUUUUAACCCGAUCUGAAUGUGAAAGGGUCUUCGUGAGCGACUGCAUUAAGACAUAUGCAUGAGUGUGAUGUGUGCGUGUGAAAGGAAAUGUGGUUCUGCUGCUGGAUGUCCAGUGAUGUGAAUAAAACUUUUGUUCAGCUGGA